CACUUUCCCCUUUCCCUUCCUCGUUCCGCCCACCCCUCUCCCCUCCCCUCCUCCCCAUGCUAGAAAAAAAUCAUUCGUCUUUCGUUUUCGCUGUUGAAGGAAUUUGAGAUUUAUUCCCAAAUCCUGAGUAGACAUGGCAGCAGAAGGAGAGAGCAGCAGUUUGGCUGUUGGGCCCCAACCAGGUGUCAAGUAUCCCAUCAGUGUGCUGUACUGUGGAAACUGCACUAUGCCAAUUGAGUAUUGCGAAUAUUACCCUGAAUAUGAUAAAUGUAAACAAUGGCUAGAGAAAAAUCUUCCAAGAGAAUUUGAAAAAAUGGUUAAAUUAGGUGAAGGAGAUGAUGGUGCUGAUGGAGCUGGCAAUGAUGAUGACAAAAAAAGACAAAAGCGAGGUGGAAAAGGAAUGAUGAAAGCAAAGAAAAAAGAUGAUUCUCCAAAGCAAGUGACAGUAUCAAGAGCUCCUCGGGGCAAAAAGAAAUCUGUUACAGUGGUAACAGGCCUCAGUACCUUUGAUAUUGAUUUAAAAGUUGCAGCUAAAUUUUUUGGCACUAAAUUUGCAUGUGGCUCUUCAGUAACGGGUGAUGACGAAAUUGUGAUUCAAGGAGAUGUCAAGGAUGAACUGUUUGACAUUAUUCCAGAGAAGUGGCCUGAGAUUGAUGAAGACUUUAUUGAAGAUCUUGGAGAUUUAAAACGGUGAUUGCUGUUAGAUCUAGUAAGAACUGGCAACAAAUUGGUAUGAGGUAAUUCUGGUUUGGUAUCAUGUCAAAAUGCUGAAGUUUAUGAAAUACAAUUUAUUUUAAGAAAA